AUGCAACCGUACGGGCUCACUUUCAUUGCAGAGGAUUGUUCAUUUCCUGUCCCUUUGCAAAAUGUUUCUGUUGAGGCGAAUACAACGGUUUGUCAGACCUAUAAAAAUGUUGAACAAAAUACGAUUGAAGCCAUCUAUAAGUUCCCACUUCAUGAAGCCACGGCAGUUUGUGGAUUUGAAGCUGAAAUUGAUGGAAAGAAAAAAGUUAAAGGAAUAGUCAAAGAAGCAAAGCAAGCUGCAAAGGAGUAUGAUGAAGCUAUUCAGCAAGGUCAUGGGGCUUAUCUACUUGAAGAACAACUCCCGGAUAUUUUUCAAUGCUCCAUUGGUAAUAUCACAGCUGGUCAAACUGUUGUUAUCAGAAUUACCUAUGUAACCGAACUAAAACAUGAUGCUGAAUCGGAAAAUGUUCGGUUUGUUUUUCCUACUGUUAUCGCUCCACGAUACGGUUCAUUCGGUUUUUCUUUAAAUGAUUGGAAAAAGCCUGUUCCUGAUCUAGUGUCUUAUACUUAUAAGACUGAUUACUAUUUAAAGCUUGCUAUUACAUGUAGAAUGACUUCUGUUAUUCAAAAUAUCGAAUCACCAUCUCAUCAUAUUUCGGUAGAAUUAAAUAUUAAUGGUAAUCCAAAUGUUUCAAAGGUUACUCUAGCCGAGCAAAUUACUUUUUUAGAAAAAGAUUUUAUACUUGUUGUUAAAAGUCUGGGUCUCGAUCAACCAAGGGCUUUUGUCGAAUAUAACCCUAAGAUGGAAACUAAUUGUGUUAUGCUAACUUUAGUACCAAAGUUUGCUAUUAAUGAAGUAAUGUCCGAAUUAAUUUUUGUAAUUGAUAGAUCUGGUUCAAUGCAAGGUGGACCUAUUAAGAAAGCAUCUGAAGCACUCCAAUUGCUUCUUCGUUCAUUACCUGAAAACUGUUUUUUUAAUGUGAUAUCAUUCGGAUCCCGUUUUGAUUCUUUAUUUAAAAAGAGUCAACCUUAUACUGAAGGAAGUUUUUCAAAAGCUCUCAAACAUGCUCAAGAAAUGGAUGCAAAUUAUGGUGGAACCGAAAUUUAUAAUCCAUUAAAAUGGGUUUUUGAAAAUUCAAGCAAAGAUAUGCCAACUUCCGUUUUUCUUCUUACUGAUGGUCAAGUUUAUAAUGUUGAUCAAAUUGUAGAGCUUAUUAAGUCUAGUGAAGAAAAAAAGAAGGAUGACUUAAGACUUUUUUCAAUUGGAAUUGGUAAUUCAGUUUCUCAUCAUUUGGUUGAAUCUGUUUCCCGUGCUGGUAAAGGAUAUGCACAAUUUGUUACAUAUACUGAACGAAUGGAUAAAAAGAUUAUUGGAAUGCUAAAAAAUGCCAUAAAGCCUCCUAUUAAGGAUUAUAAUAUUACUUGGACAAACCAGAUCCUCGAUGAUGUUUCACCAGUAGAAAUUAAACCUGUCGAUAAGCCAAUUAUUAGUUUCUAUAGCGAUAAUGCUACACCUCCACCAGCCACUCAAGACAUCUUUACGGACAUAAAAAUUCAACAAGCACCAUUUCUAAUUCCACCAAUUUAUCCUGGUACUCGGUUCAUAGUUUAUUGUAUUUUAGAAAAAGGAAUUGAGCUUUGCAAAGAAAUUAUUUUGAGUGCAAUCUCUAAUGAUGGCCCUAUGAAGCUUUCUAUUACAUUGGAUCCUGUAAUUUUACAAGGAUCAAAAAUUCAUACACUUACUGCUAGAAAGCUUAUUCAGGAUCUUGAAGAUGGAACUUCAUUUAUUCAUAAGCAUCAAAGUAAUAGUGGAAAAACUAUACCAAAUUCACUUAUUCGUGAACAAGUUGUAAAUUUGGGUGUAACAUAUAGCUUGGCUUCUAAACAUACAAGUUUUCUUGCAAUUGAUGAAAGAGACAUUAAUUUAGUGGCUGUAUCAAAAUCAUCUGAAUUUCCAACAAUACGAUCACUAGAAGAUAGCGCUGGUGCUCCGUUAACCACAUCAGCAUCAAUUACACGUCGUGCUCGUAGUGCUAGGCGUCAAUCUCAAACUGUGAAAGAUUUGGCCUGUGCGGCCCGUGGAAAGGUCAUUUCUGAUGAAAUAUACACGUAUAUGUAUUCAGAUGAGAUUAAUCAAGUUGCGACAGUUUUAUCAGCUACCUCAGUAAAAUCGAAGCCUCCAAAGAUUGAAACACUUUAUAAUUUUCUCGAUUUUCAAUCAUUUGAUGGAUCAUUUUUACCAUCUGCUAAAUUUUAUUCUUGGUUUGGUAAAAAUGAUUUUAAAGAUUUUGAAAUUAUUGGAAUUGAAAAUGAAAAAGUAUUAUGUUUGACAUUAGCACUGGCAUAUUUAGAAAUUAUAAUUUUUGAAACAUUUAAAGAUGAAUGUGAAAUGUGUUAUGAAAAAGCGAAAAAGGUUUUGAAAAAAGAAGUUGGUGGCGAUGAGCAAAAGAUUAAUGAAAUUUUGGAAAAAGGUAAAGAAUGGGUUAAUAAAUGGGCUGUUGAAUAA